UUUGUGUCCCAGAUUCUCUAACGUCGACAAUCAUUUAAUUCUCGCCACAAAGUCUUUUGUGACGAAUAUUAGUACUUCCGUGGCAAACCGGCAAUCCUCUCAAGUUCAAUCCCUCAUUCUGCUCCAAAAAAAAUCAAGAAAAGAGAGAAAAAAAACUAAAGUUGGUCACUUUUGAGCUUCAGAUAUCAUUCCCUGUUGUAAUUUGAUGUUUCUUGGUUUAAUAGCUCUCCACUUUGCUGCUAAUUGUUGCAAUAUUUUAUUGUUUGUUGUCCAUGGCUAAGCUGCUCACGGUAAGAGCAGAAAACCAUUUCUGCUGUCUUUCACAGUAUACAACCCAUAAAGCUCAAAUCUUUAAGCCCAUAAGUUUACCACCCAUUAAGCAUGGAUUUAGGUUCAGAGUUUCUUGUCUCAAAGAGAAAGAGAAGGAAUUCCUAUUGGAAACCAAGAAAACACUUAAUGGGAUUGGACUGAAUGGAGAAUUGGGCAAGAAGGGUGGGCUGAUUCAAACUUCUGGGGAUGAAUUGGGAGCUGAAAGUAGGGAAAAUGAAGUGGGGGUUUAUGGGGAUUGGCCACCAUGGAAGAAUCUUCCUCAAAGAUAUAAGCUUAUUGGGACUACUGCUCUUGCCUUUGUUAUCUGUAACAUGGAUAAGGUGAAUUUGAGUGUUGCCAUAAUUCCAAUGUCGCAUCAAUUUGGAUGGAAUUCUUCUGUAGCUGGAUUGGUACAAUCAUCUUUCUUCUGGGGCUAUGCAUUAAGUCAAUUGCCAGGAGGUUGGCUGGCAAAGAUAUUUGGUGGCCGAAAGGUUCUUGAAGUUGGAGUUCUUGUCUGGUCACUCGCAACGGCACUAGUUCCCAUUCUUUCAGGGUUUAUGCCUGCUCUCAUUUUUUCUAGGAUUUUGGUUGGAAUAGGAGAAGGUGUUUCACCAUCAGCUGCCACUGACCUGAUAGCCAGGUCAAUACCAUUGGAAGAGCGUUCACGGGCAGUAUCAUUUGUUUUUGGUGGUUUAAGUUUUGGAAGCGUUACAGGGUAUAUUACUUCAAUAAUCCCACUUCUUUUGGCUCCUCCUCUAAUCCAAAAUUUUGGCUGGGAAUCUGUAUUUUACAUGUUUGGCUUCCUUGGCAUAGCUUGGUUCUUGGGAUUUCAGAUAGUGAAAGAAGACCAGUCCUCUUUCUUUCAAACAACUAUGUCUGGGCCUCAGUCCUUGUCCAUAAAGAAAUCACCGAGUCCUUCGUUGUCAGAGUUGGGUGAUUCUCUUAAGGAUGUACCUUGGAAGGCAUUUUUCCAAACUAAAGCUGUAUGGGCCAUGAUAUAUACCCAUUUUUGUGGAAGUUGGGGUCAUUACACUUGUCUGUCUUGGCUUCCAACAUAUUUCAGUGAGGAGCUGAACCUUAAUCUGACAGAAGCAGCAUGGGUCUCAGUUUUUCCUCCGUUAGCUUCAAUCUUUGUCACCACCAUUGCAUCACAGUUUGCUGACAACUUGAUCUCCAAAGGAGUUGAAACUACAGUGGUACGGAAAAUUUGCCAGACAAUUGCAUUUUUGUCUCCUGCAGCCUGCAUGAUUCUCUCAUCUUUGGAUUUCGGUUUGCCUCCGUGGGAAGUUGUAACAAUUCUAACUGGCGGUUUAGCCCUCUCAAGUUUUGCGUUAUCAGGACUAUAUUGCACUCAUCAAGACAUUUCACCUGAAUAUGCAAGCAUUCUUUUGGGUAUAACGAACACUGUUGGGGCAGUGCCUGGAAUCGUUGGUGUUGCUCUUACGGGUUAUCUUCUCGAUUCAACUCACUCAUGGAGUAUAUCGUUGUUUGCACCAUCCAUCUUCUUCUACCUUACUGGUACAAUUGUGUGGUUGGCUUUUGCGAGCAGUAAGCCGCAGAACUUCUCGAAGGAAGAUUGAUGUUACGCAGGCAGCUCGUUUACUAACACGACGACUAACCAACCUGUUUGCCAAUUUUGAGCAGAAAGGGCAAUGUUGUUUGUUAACAAUGGUGGCUUUAUUGUAUUUAUGAAUACAACAAUAGUAUACUAGGUUUUAGGCAGUAUAUAAUUUUGUGGAUUUCAUAUGCACUUCAUAUUGGCUGACAACAUUGUAUCACAAACACUGUUAAAUAUAAUACGUAGUACGUAGCAAGUUGUCUCCUGAAAGAUUCAAAA